CAUGAGCCGCACGUAUUUUGAUCAGUUUCUUAAUCCCGGAGUUAGAAAAAGCUCCGUCGUAUUAUGCUGCUGUUUUAUCUUACUAAUGCGCAACAGGUUAUGGGAAGAUGGUGGUGAAUGUGAAAGUUGAUUAUGAAUCAACUAAGAAGUAUAGUAACUAUGAACUUCUGGCCUGGCUUAAUGGCACCUUACUAUCUGGUUUCCUCAAGGUGGAGCAAACAUGCUCAGGUGCUGCCUACUGUCAGUUGAUGGACUUGCUUAGCCCUGGCUGUAUUAACUUGAAGAAAGUAAAGUUCAGACCUGAAGAUGAAACCGAGGUCCUUAACAAUUACAUGCUGCUGGAAGAUGCCUUCAAAAAGACUUCUGUUAGCAAACCUCUUCAGCUUGAGGAGUUGGUUAGUGGCAACAUCACAGAGACGUACAAACUCCUGUUGUGGUUCAAACUGCUUUUUGAGCACAAUUUUUUGGGGCAGCCUUACGAUCCUGUAGCAGCACGAGGUGGACAGUAUAUAGAGCCCUUCGUUCCUAAUAAACCAAGGGUUUCUGUGAAGCCAGAUUUCAUGGGAGGUGCGAAUUAUUGUGAAAGCCUUGGCCAAGCUGUAGGCACAAUCUGUCCAGGCCAGAUGAGGGAGAAUGCAGGGUUGAAGACAGGGACUGAAGACGGGCAUUCAGACACGACAACAGGGUCUCUCUCCUGCAGCCUGGCAACAUUACGUUUUAUCAACCAACACUGGCCCUCUGUUUCAGUCAGCCACAUAUCACCCAUUACAUACAGCAGGGCCAGGAUAGUGCUGGGCUCCAAAUACCCAAAUGACAUUACAGCUGCCUGCAGCCAGGACCCUUAUUGUCUGUAUUUGUACCAUGGGCUAGAGCUUGCGGAAGGAGAGAAGGCUAGCACAGUUCUCAUAGGAUAUUUUGACGAGGCUGCUGGGGAGAGAAAAGUCAGACUGCUUGAUGUCUUUCAGCCAUUGGAGGAAACCGAUGCAACUUUGUGGACCAGCCUUGCGGACAUGCUGAAGAAGUUUGAGCUCCCCCUAGUGAACUUGGCAGUAUUUUAUUCAAUUUCAAGAGAGCCUGCUCAUUUUAUUUCAGGCUUGAAGGUCCUUAAUCCUGGAACAGUUUUUCUGUGUGGCCUUUCAGAUAUUGCCAAACAAGCAUGUCACAGUGGCAUUAUGGCGAUGCAGCUGUCUGAGGAGAUUCAGAGGCUUGUCAAAAAAGUCCACAAACACUUUCACUAUCUUCCAGUCUCUCUGAGACAGCAGCUUAGUAGUAUGGAGAACCCAAACUUCAGUUCACCCUUGACAUCACAGUGUCUCCUCCUCAGGACAGUAAUCCAUGAAAUGACCGUGGUGUGGUCAGACCUAGAGCAGUACUUUAGGUCUCAGGGUUCUACUGGUAAAACAAAACAGAUCUGUUGCCUCCUUAACAAUCGGCCUUUAAGAUUGAGCUUCCUGUUUAUGAGCCAUGCCCUACAGCCUCUCUGUGAGUUUCAGGGGACCUUAGACCAUGAUGAAGAUGUGACAAAAGUCCUCCAAGAUGCCACCAGUUUAGUUCAACUCUAUGCAUCCAGCUUCCUCAAGCCAAAAGCUGUGGAAAGCAUCCUCAGCAGAAAAAACUGCUCACUCAAAAAGGAGAUGAUGGAACAUCUGCCCAGAGCAGAAAUCAAGGUUGGUGAGCUGGUGGUUAAGUACCUUCUAGAGGAAGAUGCAGUGCUCACCAACCAGCUUGACCUCUUCUACAAGGGUGCCAUCUCUUUCUACAUGGCAGUCAUUACAAGCAUUGUCAAAUGUUUACCCUUGCCUGACUCUACUCUGAGAAACAUGGCUGUCAUCUUGAGCCCAGAAGGAAAGAUGGAGGUGACUGGAAAGUCUGUAGCUGACUUGGGUGUCCAGUUAGGGUUUUGUCCAAGUGCGGAGGAUGUUAACAUGCUAACAGACGAGUUUUUGGAAUACCAGCUUGCUGAGCGGGACAGCCUGGUUGUCGGCCCAGCUAGCCAGUCAGUGGAGCGGUACUGGAGGGAGGAGCUAAGGAUCAUGGGAAGGACAUCAAUUUUUCGGAAACUGAUCCUAAGCCUCUUGGCCCUGCCUAAGACACUGAGCAUGGAAAGGGUUUUUGAACAAGUGUUUGAGAAUGUGGAUAAGAACUAUGUAGGCAACAGUCUGGAAGAUAAGGAAAUGGAGAUCUCUGGGGACAAGGAUGAUGAUGUCACAGACAGCAGUUCCUAUAAAAGUGCCCCAUCACAUCCACUCAGUCCAGAGACCCAAGAGAGUGUAUCAUCAGAUAUCAUUGACCUGACUGAAGUAGAUGAUGUUAAGCCUAUGGCAACAAACGCCACUGAGGAGAAAGGGGAAGACCAAGGAAAAGAUGUAAAGAUUUCUGAAUCAAAAGUCAUAGAUGAUGAAGAGAAGGAAGAUGUCAUAUGGACUGAUAGUUUAUAUCCAGAGAAAGUGAAAGAGAAUGUCACCUCAGCACCCAACAAAGAAGACAUGGAUCACUCAUCCCAGGACAGGAAUAGGUUUGCAGAAGGGGAGAUGAUAUGGGGCCACGUGGAGGGCUUUGCUAUGUGGCCUGGCCUGGUGCAGCAGUGGCCUGAGAAGAAGAGCUGGGGUUCCAUGCGUGAAGUGGUGUGGUUCGGGGACCGCAUGGUUUCCAAGGUUCAUACGGAUGGUCUCUGCCCUUUCUCCGCAUUUGCACAGUGCUUCUGCCCUAAUUCCUUUGCUACUGGGACUAUGUACAAGGAUGCCAUCUUCCACUCUCUGCAGGUGGCUGCAGACCGUGCUGGGAAGGUCUUUUUUCUUGAGUCGGACUCUAAGGAGGAGAUGCUCAGGGUUAUGCUGGAUUGGGCCUUCGGAGGCUUUAAACCCUCUGGACCCAGUGGUCUUAAACCCCGAUCCAAGGAAGACGAAUGCCUUAAAAAUUUCAACUGGAGGUCGCAGAAGAGGAUGAAAGAGGAUAAAACUAUUGUCCAUGAGACACAAAAAAGUACAGAGAGUACAGAGAAUCCGUUCCACUUGAGAGAAGUGUCUGUUUGCUUGAAGAAACUCUCUUUGGAAUCUCUGGACAUGAAGAAUGGCAGGUUGGACCUAAAGAAUGAGGAAGUUAGUGAAAUGCUUUCAUAUCCAAAAUGUAAACAGUCCACCUUGCAGACAGGGCGGAAGUGGUCUCUACCUGACAAUCGCACAGCACCCCGAAAACAAAAGAAUGUCUGCAGGAAUAAAGAUCAAAACGAGGAACAAAGCCCAGUUGUCGAGAAAGAGCAGAAUUACAGCAGACAUCAAAUGGUGCAUAAGGUUUUUACCAAAGGGAGAAACAUUGAAGAUUUCUGCUUGUCAUGCGGGACUGCGCAUGUUGAGAUCUUCCAUCCGCUGUUUGAAGGAAGCCUGUGCAUGAAAUGCAAGGAUAACUUCACAGAGACUCUGUAUCGGUAUGAUGAGGAUGGGUAUCAGUCCUAUUGCACUGUGUGCUGUGCUGGGCUAGAAGUCAUGCUGUGUGGAAAUGACAGCUGUUGUCGCUCCUACUGUAUGGACUGUCUGGAAAUCCUGGUCGGUAAAGGCACGUAUAACCAGCUAAAGCGCGUCGACCCAUGGAUCUGUUACCUGUGUGCGCUCGAGAGCAGCUCGGGGGUCUUGAAACCCAGACAGGACUGGAGUAUCCGUGUGCAAGAGUUCUUCGCUAAUAACAGUGCCAUGGAGUUUGAGCCUCAUCGUGUUUACCCCGCAAUCCCUGCCAACCUGCGUCGUCCAAUCAGGGUCCUGUCUUUAUUCGAUGGUAUAGGCACAGGAUACCUGGUGCUGAAGGAUCUGGGAUUUAAAGUAGAAAAAUAUGUUGCAUCAGAAAUAGAUGAGGAGUCAAUUGUGGUCUCCUUGGUGAACCAUGAUGGAAAAAUCACCUAUGUGGAUGAUGUCAGGCGAAUCACUAAAAAACAUAUCACAGAGUGGGGUCCAUUUGAUCUUCUCAUUGGUGGAAGCCCAUGCAAUGACUUGUCAAUAGUAAAUCCAGCACGCAAAGGCUUAUUUGAGGGCACAGGACGGCUCUUCUUUGACUUCUACCGCCUGCUGAAUGCCAUGAAGCCGAAGGAGGACGACCCACGGCCGUUCUUCUGGCUCUUUGAGAAUGUUGUGUUCAUGAACACCAAGGACAAAGCCAACAUCUGCCGUUUUCUGGAGUGUAACCCAGUCCUCGUUGAUGCUGUUAAAGUGAGCCCCGCUCACAGGGCACGCUACUUCUGGGGGAAUCUCCCUGGCAUGAAUCGACCCAUCAUCGCCUCUCAGAAUGACAAACUGACCCUGCAAGAAUGCCUCGAAAAUGGCCGCAAAGCUAAGUUUGUCAAGGUACGCACCAUUACUACACGCACCAACUCUCUCAAGCAAGGGACCAACGACAGUCAUUUCCCUGUGUCCAUGAAUGGAAAAGAUGACAGUUUAUGGAUCACUGAACUGGAGAAGAUUUUUGGUUUUCCAAAGCAUUACACAGAUGUGAAGAACAUGAGUCGCAUGCAGAGGCAGAAGGUGCUGGGCAAAUCCUGGAGUGUCCCUGUGAUAAGGCAUCUGUUCGCUCCCCUGAAGGAUUACUUUGCCUGUGAUGAGGUCCCCUUAAAAUAAGGGCAGUUUUACAAUAACUUCAGGCAGAGAUCAAGACUCAGGGAUAUUUUAACUGAUUGAUUUUAACUUGUGAUUUUCAAAAUUGUUUUUAUCCUUUUAAUAAUUUUUUGAAUGUUCAUAUAGAAAUCUAUCAGUGAUCAGUUAAUGGUGAUGAAUGUUUAAGUAUCAGGCAUUAAUUCAAUGUAAUGUAUGAAUUGUAUGAGUUUUUCUGGACAAAUGUAAAGUUUUCUUGAAUGUUUCAUCUUU